AUCAAAUCUCCCCGUCUCGCGCCUGCCUGCGCUCACUUGAUUUUUGCUGAUCCCGCAUACCUCCUGACUUACCGUAUACACACCAUGAUGGCCACGAUGAGCAGCAGCAGCAGUUCUCUCCCUAGCACGUCUGCAUCUGUAACCCCCACGUCCAUGCCCGACUCCUCGCUCGCGGAGUGGGAGGGAUGGAUCGCGCAGGCGGCCUCCGCGGGUGAGGACGAGCUGUACGAUGAGCUGGAUGACGAGAUAGCGUACCAAUUCAAGCCCCGCCAACAAGUAUGGGUUCGUGAUUCCAAGGGCCACUGGCGCCUCGGCUACGUCAGACCGACGGCCCCACGCAUGAAGGCGGCCAGCCCGGCGCAGCGCGCCACUCGGCGAACGCGCACACGCACGGCACCGCCAAAGGCUAGUUGGUUCUACUCCGUGAUCUACGACCGCAAGUUCCGGCGCGAGUUCUCGCCGCAGAAGGGCGAGAUCAAGCUGGACACUCCGUAUUUCAGGAGGCUAUACGCGGAGCGCAAGCUGACUGGGCUGAUGUGAAGCAAGCCCAGUGGGUUGAUGUGUAUCUCGACGCUCAGCGACAUAGCGGACUGAUGUGAGCACACGCUAACGCACACGACGCGCGGUCGGCAGGUCUGGCGGCGGCGUUGACGAAGAGUAACGAACGUAGUGUACACUUCUAUAAUGAGGAAAUAAUCAAUCUCUGCACCCAUGGACGCACUAGUAUCUAGCCGCAAUGCAAGACGUGCAGUGAGCGA